GCGGUUGGCAACAAUAGCAGAAGCGGCAAUGCAGCAAGCCCCGGUGGCAGCACCGUGAUCCAUAGUCCCGGCUCAACAAUAGCCGAUAUGCCGCUGCCUGUCGAUGUGAAAAGGAGAGCCAUGGCCACAUAUGUCCUCGAGGUUGGAAUUGCGCUUUACUCUGUUCUCGUCGGUCUAGCUUUGGCUGUAAGUGACAAGGACUUCACGGUCAUGCUGGUUGCGAUCUGCUUCCACCAAUUCUUUGAGGGUCUUGCGCUUGGCUCAUCACUGGCUGAGCUCUGUCCUGCCAAUGGCUGGCAGCAGGAUCCGACAACAGAGGCUGACAUGAGUAUUCCAGAGAGCCCGGGCGGUAGCAGGCAGGAGUAUGUCAAUGUGGACUUUGUCGACUCUACCACAUUCCCAGCGGAAACAGUGUACCCAUUGCCUGCAAAGUUGCCAACAGCUCACAAGAACAAGUCCCACCAGGACGCUGAAUUCUCGAUGGCUACUUCGUUUACGCCCGAGCCCUGGCAAGUCAACCCUCAGCUGGAGAGGACGCUCGGUGAACCAGCCCAUGGUAACAUGCCCGUGCAUCCUAUUCGGCAUGCGCAAGACGAUAUGGAUGGCGAUGCUGUCUUGGUCCCGGUUGCUAGAUAUCUCCAGCCACGCACAACUCCAGAACGUCUGCCGGGAUGGUGGAAGGCGUGGAUCAGCGGUCUGGCGUUCACGAUGACCACACCACUUGGUAUCGUCAUUGGCCUUGCUGUACGCCAUGUAUAUGAGCCCCACUCAAAGUACGCCCUGCUGCUGAACGGUGUUCUUGAGAGCAUCUGUGCUGGUGUCCUGGUAUACACUGGCCUAAUAACCAUGGUAGUCGGCGGAUUCAGCUCGCUACAAGUGUCCCUGUUUUUGGCGGUGUAUAUGGGCGCUGCAGCCAUGGCGAGUCUAAAGAUCUGGAAGUAGUUUGCAUAGUUUGUAUUGUUGAUGCGAG